AUGUUCGGCAUGGACAUCAACGGCGAGAUGGCGGUGUUCGACGCCGCCACGCUCGGCGCCCUACAGUUGGUCCCGCGUCCGCCAGACAUGCCCAACCUCAGCAGCAAGAUGUACGGCUCCAUCUGCCCUCGGAAGCAAGAGUUGGAUUACGUCCACCUCGUCGCGUUGCCGAGCAAGCUGGUCCUGGUCGUGGUAAGGACCACCGUCAAGUCGUCCCGGCCGGUGGCCUUCGACCUCUUCGAGCUAGGCUCUUCUCCGGCGCCUGACGGGCAGCUCGCGUGGCGCAAGGUGGCCGAGGCUGGUAACUACGAAUUGUUCGUCGAUAGGUACCACGCAACCUUCAGGGAUAAUGACGGCGCCAACGAGGGCGGAACUCGGAUCUACUACGUCCAUGACAAGAAGAAGGUUUCUGCCGUCGCAGCAUACUGCUACAGCAUGCAGGAUAAGAAGCUGGAAUGCGUCUACAGGUCACCGGAGGAUGAUGGUCCUCCGGACUGCUUAACUAGGCCUAGUUGGUUUGUUCCUUAG